AUGAAGCAAGGAAAAACCAAAGAAAGAGAAGAGCAAAAGAUUCUUCGAAAUCCACAACAAGGGGAAGCUAGUGCAUUCUACUGGGCAUGUCGUAAUGGUAACAUUGAGCUUGUCAAAGAACUUGUUACAAGUAUUUCCUACGAAAAUCUAAACCGUCUUGAACCCAACGGAAGUACGGCUCUUCACGCAGCAACAUUUUACGGUCAAGCUGACAUUGUUCACCUUCUACUACACGAAAGAGGAUGUCGUCGAGAUCUUCUUAACUUACAUGGACUAACUGCCUAUGAAGAAGCCACUUCGGACAAAAUUAGACAACUUUUUCAUCGUCCGAACAACGUGAAUCGAUUUUGUGAUGAAAGUGACGAAGCAAUAAAUAUGUUUGAAGUUUCCAGGAACGAGGACGCAGAUUCUGAUAAAGACAUUGUCUGUGACAACUGGGUCUAUUCUUCUGCAGAUGCGAAAAAGAUUGCAGGUACUAAGGAAUGGAAUAGUGCAUUCAAGACUUUGUACCAAUCGAAGGUCGGCCGAAAAUUCGACGAAAAAUUCGGCUAUAUUGUUGCAGGAGAAGAUGAUAUAAUCAACCAUCUCACCGGCACAGUGAGAGAGCAUUUGCUGCUCAAACCGCAUCGGCAGUUCGAAAAAUGCAUGAAUCUCCUUGCAUUAGCUGCCGAAGAGCACAAACCAGAACCUCUGUUGCGGCUCUAUACACUUGAGACCCCGUUUUACCGAGCAUUAAACAAAGGUGAUGCUCGACAUCUCCAAAAUGCACUUUACAGGUCAUUAGACAAACUGAAACCCCGUUAUUUCCAAGGCACUUCGUAUCGUGGGGUUAAAAUGACAAAAAAUGAUUUGCGUGUUUAUCGAUGGGCUUCUAAAAAACACGGAACAAUUUGGACACGGACAUUUUCCUCAACUUCUUUGGAACGCUCUGUGGCUGAGCAAUUUGCUGGUACCACUAGCUCAGCAGACAAAAGACAAAGUGUAUUGAUGAUAUUCAGGUUUCCUGAGAAAUGUGAUACUGCAAUUAAUUUAGGCAAACUCUCACCGGAUCUUCCAUGUAUUUCUGAAUAUGAAAACGAGGCUGAAGUACUCCUACUUCCAUUCACCUAUUUCACACUGUCAGAAGUUAAAACCGAAUCACAACCAAUGAUAAUUUACCUUGAAAAUGCGCCGGUGAAAAACUCAUGGUUAGCUGUUCUGAAAAACUGGGGACCUGGAGCACACUCUUAG